AUGGGAGAAGAGGGGGAUCUGGCCACAGCAGUGCAUGCCUUUAUUCAGGAGUCAGAUGCAGGAAGGAACAGAAGAUUGUUUUCUCUGACUCUUCUCCUCAGUCCCCCCAAAACAAAUGUGACCCAUCACCCCAGGCCUGAAGGAGACGUCACCCUGAGGUGCUGGGCCCUGGGCUGCUAUCCUGCGGACAUUACCCUGACCUGGCAGAGGGAUGAGGAGGAUCUGACCCAGGACAUGGAUCUUAUUGAGACCAGACCUGCAGGGGAUGGAACCUUCCAGAAGUGGGCAACCGUGGUGGUACCUUCUGGGGAGGAGCAGAAAUACACAUGCCAUGUGCUGCAUGAGGGGCUGCCUAAGCCCCUCAUCCUGAGAUGGGAGCCUCCUCCCUCUCCCACCAUCCCCACCAUGGGGAUAAUUGCUGGCUUGGUUCUCCUUGGAAUUUUGGUUGCUGGAGCUGUGGCUGCCAUUGUGAUGAGGAAGAAUACAGGUAUCGCUUCACAGAGAGCUGCCCAGUUAGAGGUUCAACUCUCCGGGAGGUACGAUUUUGGAGACCUCCGAAGUGUCACCUAUAACCAGCCCUCACCGAAGGAUGCUGCAGAUCCCGGGGACACCGGCCCCCCCGUUGGAGCGGAAAAACCUGCCAUUACUUCAUUCAGGGUCUUACAAGGAGGUAACACAAUAUUCUCACACUACCAGACCUCCUGA